AUGCCAAUUCGAGGGGAUGUACGGCUUGUUGAUGGCGCCCAGAAUGGGCGAGGGCGGGUCGAGAUCUACCACGAUAACCAGUGGGGUACUAUCUGUGAUGACACGUGGGACAACUCCGAUGCACAAGUUGUCUGUCGACAGCUCAGUUUCGGAACCACCAACGCUCGCGGGUAUACAGCUAUCAAUCCUGGGUCUGGUCCUAUCCAUCUUGACGGGACCUACUGCUUCGGGACCGAAUAUCGUCUAGAUUCUUGCUCUCAUUCAUCCUGGGGACAACACGAUUGUAGUCAUAGCGAGGAUGCGGCUGUAGAAUGUGACAUCAAUGAAGGGGAUGUCCGCCUUGUUGAUGGGUCCACUCCAAACCAAGGCCGGGUUGAGAUCUACCACAAUUACCAGUGGGGGACAGUCUGUGAUGACAGAUGGGAUGACUCUGAUGCGAGGGUAGUUUGUCGACAGCUUGGAUACUCAGGUGAUGUUGGUGAAGCCAGGAGUGGUGGAACAUAUGGUCAAGGAUCUGACCCGAUAUACUUAGACGAAGUCGGCUGUUCGGGAUAUGAAAGUAGAUUGGAGUACUGUAGUCACAACGUAUGGGGCGUUGAAGACUGUUCUCACAGCGAAGAUGCAGGAGUUUACUGCUAUGACAACAAUUACAAUGAUUUGGAAGGAGACGUCCGCCUGGUUGAUGGAUACAGUUUAGAUGAAGGCAGGGUUGAGAUCUUCCAUGAAGGUCAAUGGGGAACAGUAUGUGAUGACAGUUGGGAUGACUCUGAUGCGAGGGUAGUUUGUCAACAGCUUGGAUACUCAGGUGAUGUUGGUGUAGCCAGGAGUGGUGGUACAUAUGGUCAAGGAUCUGACCCGAUAUACCUAGACGAAGUCGGCUGUUCGGGAUAUGAAACAAGGUUGGAGUUCUGUAGUCACGCCGGAUGGGGUAUUGAAGACUGUUCUCACAGCGAAGAUGCAGGAGUGCAAUGUCGUUCACCCGCUACCUCUUCACGUGUCGUGGGCAUCAUGUCUUUUGUUGGUGUGUCUUUGUCCUUGCUGACACUGUUUGCUCUCGUAGCUGUAUGUUAUACCUGCAGUCAGCGUAAGCCGGUCGUCAUACCUACGUCAUCGGUUCAGGUCCCUCUCAGCACCAUUAGUUCUCAUCCUGCCGCUAAUAACACCCCUGCGGCUCCCACUUCAAAUGGCAUGAUAUCCGUGCCGACUUAGCCACAGAUGCCGCGACAACCACCGAAUCCCUAUCCUCCAGUAACUGAAACCGACUCCCUACCACAACAACCACCGAAUCCCUAUCCUCCAGCAACUGAAACCGACUCCCUACCGCAACAACCACCGAAUCCCUAUCCUCCAGCGUCUCAAACCGACUCCUUACCAAGUCCUCCCUCAUAUUACGCCUUACAGGGUGGACAAUCCGAUCCUCUGCCACCACCGAAUUAACACAGCAUAAUUAUGUUAGACCUUAAAAGGAAUAAGAUGGAGCGUAUAGAAUCACCCAGACGUGCGCCGCGAUAUGUUCGAGGAUUAUUCUUUUUCCCGCCGCGAGCUUUCAUGAAUCAUGGCGUAGAAUCUUAAGAGGCAAUCCAACCUUCGUAUUGACAUCUUUUGUAUAAAAGCAGAAAAUAGGAUAAAGAAAUUGACAAACGUUUGCAAAAAAUGGGAACAAUGAUAAGAAAGUUCGGAGUUUUUUAAUAUGACAUCACUAAGUCUAUAUAAAUUUCAAAUUGGCAGUUUGGUCAGUGCACUGUGACGUCGUCGCGGAUAACUCUCUCGUUUGCCGCGUACAAAAAUAUCAUUAAUUUCAGUUUUUCUCCCAAGUGCCUUCUUACUUUGGGCACUACAGAAAAUAGUAUGAUAGAAUAUUAUUAUAAGUCCUCCAUAGAGAAAAAAAAACACACUUUUGAUUCAUGCAUUUUUGAAACAUUAAAA